UUUGAAUUAUUGUAUAUAGAAGGACAAUACCUCAAUAGUUAUAGUUAGAAAAAUGAAAAGUCAAAAGUCUCAGGAAUUGAAAUGAAAAAGUCCUUUUUAAGUAAAGAAAAUUGCCUAAAAACUGGUAAAAAAUCACUAUUAAAAAUUAUCAAAAAUUUCGUUAGUAUUUUGAUUGGUUGUUGAUUGGGAAAAAGUAAUCAGAUCGAGCUGAAAUUUUCAAGAAAUACUAAACUCACUAUCCUCUAUAGCAUAUCAAAAAAUCAGUGAAUUCUGAGAGGUACCUCCAUCGUGGAUGUCUGAGUCUCUCAGAGACUUACUCUUAAGCAAAGCGGGGCAGGAUCUACGAAAAUUUUUGUAUGGAAUGGAUGGAAAAAAACCAGUAUUUUGGAUUUUUCUCGUGCAUAGUUUGGACUAUCAAAAAUUUAAUUAUACCAUUGGAUAGAGUUCAUCGAGUUCUGCUUGGAACAAGAAUAUUAGCUUUGGAAGAAGUUCCUGGGCGAAUCAGGACAGAAUCUACGGAAAGGGUUCUAAAGAGUAUAUGGUGAAAAACUAGUUUUUUUGGAUUUUCCUCGUGCAUAGUUUGGGCUAUCAAAAAUCUCACUGUACCAUUGAAUAGAGCUCAUCGAGUUCUACUUGGAACAAGAAUAGAAGCUUUGGAAUAAGUUCGUGGGCGAAGGGGAGCAGGAUCUUGGGUGUGGGGUUCUAUGAAAUGUAUGGAAAAAAACCAGUAUCUUGGAUUUUUCUCGUGCAUAGUUUAGGCUAUGAAAACUGUAAUUAUAUCAUUGGAUAGAGGUCAUUGAGUUCUACUUAGAACAAGAAUAUGAGUUUUGAAACAAGUUCCUAAGUGAAUUGGGACAGGAUCUAUCGUACAAUGCCCAUAACUCAUCGGCUAUACCGCUGGUGUUUUUGACUUCUUGACUAUCUAGUUUAAGCCAUUGAAAAUUCAUUUAUACAAUUAAAUAGAGCUCAUCGAGUUCUACUUGGAACAAAAAUAGAAGCUUUAUAAGAAGUUCGUAAGCGAAUUGGGGCAGGAUCUAUGCUAGGUGCAGCAGGACUUAUCCAGGGCUGCCAAAUCCAAAUUUAGAAAACCAGGAGUUCGUGAGAAAAAAACCAGGAGUUUGCCAGGAGAUCCUUGUUUGAAACCAGGAGAAUAAUUAAGGAGAUUUAUAUUAAAAUUAAGAAACUUUUCACUGUCUUUUUUCGAAAAAAAUUGAAAUUUUCUUUUACGCAUGCAAUUAAUAUUUUCCUCAGAGAUAACUAUGGAAAUGUUUUACACUGUGGAACACUAAAACUCCUUCAGUAGCAGAUACUCGAUUAAGUUCUGACGUAGUUGAAUUAAAUCUUGAAUGUAUUGCUUCUACUACAAAGAAGAAAUAAUUAUAACACAAUAGGAAGAUUUUUCUAUUAAAAUUGUAAAGAAAAUAUUACAUUUGUUUGAUUCAAUAGAUUUAAGACACUUUUGAUGUUUUUUUGUUUUCAUAUGAUUAUUUACAUCAGUCAUUCCACUAUUUUGCAUUGAAAAUUGAAUAUUACACGGAAUGCAUAACGCUUUUGUUGCAUCAUUUUUGCACUCUUAAAAAUGAAGAAUAUUGUGGAUCAGAUAACCAUUCUUUUUUAAAUUUUGAUAGGUAACGUUUAGACACUGUACGAGAUGGUAGUGGUAAUGAAGUUUUAGAUUUUAAAUUAUUUUUUAAUGAAUUAGAUUUGGCUUGUGGCACAAUAUUUUCUUUUGAUGAAUUCGCUAUUUCAAUAAUUUCAUCUUUUUACAAUGAAGAUAUUCUCAUAAAUACUUCAAAUGUUCUUUCUUUUUAUCGACAACGUAUAAGCUCUUGCAGUAGGAUUCAUUUGUAACAGUUGAAUGAUUCUUUGGCUUUAUUAUAUAAUUAACAAGAAGGUUAACAUAUUUCCUUAUUGGUUGUUGCAUUUAUCAAGUAGGAUGAUACACCUGUUCUUUUCUAUCUUUUCUCUCUUUCGUUUAUCUCAUUUUACUGAUUCAAAAUGUCUCUAAAAGUCAAAAUUAAAAGAAAAUUCAGAAACCAGGAGAAACCAGGAGAAAAUCUCAAAAACCAGCUCCUGCUACCAGGAGAAUUUUUAACCAGGACAAAAGUAAAAAAACCAGGAGGCUUGGCAGCCCUGGUCCGAAGGUUCUCUGUCACGGUCUGUGAUGGGUAUGAAUUUUCUCUGUCACAGUCUGUGGGAGAGGGGACGGGGGGAGUGGGUCCAAAAUUUCUACCCUAUACACCUCAACACUCCUUUCAGAUCGUGUUUCACAAAAAGUGCUAGAUUACUUAAAUAUAAAACAAAUUAAUGGUUUAAAAAUUGAAACUAUUAUUCUUUUGUGUUGAUUCAUUGUACAAAAUAAUUAUUUUUCUUAUAAUGGUAAAUGUUAUUAUCUAGUACGUGGUAGUGCUACGGACUCUCCAUUAACAUUAACAGUUGCUAAUUGUUAUAUGUUUUUUUUUGAACAAGAUAUCAUUAAACAAAUUAACAAUGGUGAUAGAUUGUAUUUGCGAUAUAUUGAUGAUAUAUUUAUUACGAUUAAUUGGCCUACUCAACAUUUAUUGAAAGAAAUUUAUCGAUGGAAUAAAUUUGAUUCAAGCAUUAAAUUAGAAGCACAAGUUCGCUAUUCAACAAAUUUUCUUGAUUUAUAUAUAGAAAAUAAAAAUGACGAAUUAUUUACAGAAGUUUAUCAUAAACCAUCUUACGAGUCAUAUUAUUUACCUUUUAAUAGUGUUUAUUCUACGCAUAUAAAAAAGAAUAUUCUAUUUGGUAUGUUAAUUUGCACUAUUAAAUAUUGUUCAAUAUUCGAAGCAUAUUUAAAUGAACUUGAAAAAUUAAGAAUGAUUUUAUUAUUAAAUAAAUAUCUUGGCGAAUUUAUAGAGAAACAAUUUAGCUAUGUAUUUCAAAAAUAUAAUAUUAAUCAACCAUUAUCGACAAAAUAUGAUAAUACAUUGCGAAAGAAGAUGAUCGAUGUAGAUAUGAAAGAAAAAUUCCAAUUGAUUAUGGUAAAACAAUGUUCGUUCAUUUUACCUAUUGUUUAA